UUAGGGUGAAAGUGCCAUCUCAAGAAAAGUGAUUUCUAAAUCAUGAGUGCUGAAAAACUGGAUGACAUCCAAAUUAAAUGCUUCUCUCAAAGUGACCAACACAACUGUGUUGGUGGUGAAAGGACUGGCAUUGUAUUGUGGGUAUCAUGUUAUUUGUGUCUUCUAUUGUGUGGCUACCUGUGGGUGAUGUAGGCACAGCUGAGACCACAAUGUAGCAGUACACAAGUAUAAUAAGCAGUAGGUGGAAGUUCUAUAAGGAUGACUCACACCUGACCACACAGACUGUCCAUAUGACCAAAAAGGGUUAGUAGGCUCUAGUAUGCUGCUUGGUGUUUG